AUGUUGAAGGCGCCAAUCAAACAGACGGCAGGCGACACGAUCGCGACUUUGUCCUCGCGCUUAUCGUCGGCCACUCUACUCGAAGAUAGAAGGGCUGCUAUUCUUGGACUCCGCUCUUUCGCGAAGCAGUAUCCCGCCUCGGUUGCUAGCGGUUCUCUUCGCGAUUUGAUUGCUGUCCUACGUACUGAUGGUCUCGGCUUGACCAAAGAUGGAGAGGGAGACGUCGACACUGUGCGCUUGGUGCUCGAGACUCUGCUCAUGCUGUUUGAGCCGGACCGCGAGAGCCCAGAAGCCAGCGAGGAUAUAGCCCUGUGGUUGGCCGAUGAGUUCAGUCAGCGUCAAGACAACAUUACCAUUCUGCUAGAUCUUCUCGACCAGCCCGACUACUACGCCCGUAUCUACUCGAUCCAACUUCUUACUGCAAUCUCGACUUCCAGACCGGAGAGGACUCAAGAGUGCAUUCUACAAGCACCGCUCGGAACAGCAAGACUGGUCGGUGUCUUGGAUGAUGGGAGAGAUGCUGUGCGCAACGCUGCCUUACUACUGCUGGUCGACCUGACCAAUGUGUCGCAAACUGAGUUGCAGAAGCUCAUUGCCUUCGAGGACGCUUUCCAGCGUACUUUCAAUCUGAUUCAAGCAGAAGGAGGUCUGUCAGAAGGAGGCAUAGUGGCUCAGGACUGUCUCUCAUUGCUCGCCAACCUCAUCCGACACAGCCACUCCAACCAGGCUCUAUUCCGCGAAUCUGGCUGCAUCCCUCGCCUCUUAGACUUGGUCAAACAGGCUUCGACCCCACCCGAGGCUGAGAAUGAGUUCAGUCGUAGCGAUCGUGAGAAGAACGCCUGGGGCUUACUCGCUGUUCUGCGACUCUUCUUGGAACGAGGUGAACUAGGAACAAAGCAAAAUCAAGAUGUCUUCUGGCGUAGUGGCGUGCUACACCUUGUUCUAACUCUUGCUUUUGACGAAAGGGCCGCUCCACAUAUCCGCAUGAGCGCUCUUAAGACUUGCGCUGACGCUAUCAUCUUCAACGCGCCGCUACAAGAAGCUUUUGCCUCUUUUCAAGUCCCUGUCACCUCUGAAGACCCUGCUCCGAUCAACGGAGUUGCAGCUGCUAAGUCUCAACCAAAGAUCAUGUAUGUAAUUGAGGCUCUGUUGAACCUUGUUCUUUCUGCAUCCUCGAUACGCACUGUGGACUUGCGCUCCGCUGGUUGUUCCUUAAUCAAGGCUUACUUCCAUGGCCACGAUCGGAUCAAGCUGCACUUCCUACAGAGAGCCAUUGCGGGAUACACAGAGGGCGAAGAGGAGGAUAUCAACAUUCUCAGCACUCUGUUGAAUGGCCCUCAGCUCGGUCCCGCUACACCAGAUCCCCCUCGCUUUGCAUUCGCCAGCGACAUUACCUCCCAGCUUUUAUUCAACUUACAGGACGCAAAAUCCAUGUUGAUGGGUGUGUCGGAAGGUGAUGCCGAGAAGGGCGAGGAUGUUAUCACAGCAAUCCAAACCCUCUCCGGGCACCUCCUGUCAUCCCUGCAAAACGACUUUGAUCCUCAGAUAUCAAUCUCGUACUUAAGUCUAUUGAUCACUUUCCUCUUCGACGAGCCAGCUGCCGUCAACGACUGCCUGGCGGAGGGCUCAUCUCUCAUGGGCGUAUUGAUUGACAAUGCUCUUCUUACUGCCAAUUCACAGGUUGCUGCAGACCCGAUCAAGUCGCUUUUACCUGGAUUAUCCGCGAUUCUGCUUGGCACGAUAUACGAGUUCAGCACUAAAGACAGUCCGAUCCCUCGACGAACGCUGCACCCGCUACUGACCUCGAAACUCGGCCGUCAAAAGUACUUUGAUGCACUGAUGCAAUUUCGCCAGAACCCAAUAAUCCGCGAUUCUGAGUUUCUUGCACCUGAGAUUGAGGGUGCUGCAAUCCUGUUCGAUGAUGAGUUUGUUGAUUGGUUCAAGGACGAGUAUGGUCGCCUCAAGCGGGUAAUCGACCGCGAGCCUGGCAUUGAAGUCGUCCGACCUUCGGACGUCGGUGUCGAUCGUGAUGUACUGGACGAUCUAAGAGAAAAGAUCAAGACUCGCGAUGACAAACUGCAACAAAUCGAGCAGGACGACCUUGCUGCCAAACAGAAGGCAGAUCAAGCUGAAGCUGAGCACCGCCACCAAAUACAAAGUCUACAGUCAUCACAACGAUCCAUGGAAGCAGAAGUCGAGCGCGUCAAGCGAAUCAACGAAGCACUGCAGCGUGAUCACGAUCUCGAGCUUCAUCGAGUCUCAGGUGAACUACGCAGUCAACUUGCACAAUUCCAGCUCGAGAGCCGUAACAAUCUACAAACACUUCGCGAUCAGCACAAGCAGGAACUAGAGCGUCUGAAGGGCCAAAAUGGUGCCACCCUAGCCAGCGAGCGAUCACUGUGGGAAGACAAGGCUCGGAAGGCUGCUGAACAGGCUACACGCGAACAACGUGCUGCUCUUGAGAAGGCGACUGAGGAACACCGUAAAGCUACUGAGCAAGCCGCUGAAGAGCAACGUAUGCGCAUCGAUCAAGUCGCUUCUGAGCAUCGCAAAGUACUGGAUGAGCUCAACGCUACCGUGCAACAAAAAGACAAGACAAUUAAAGAGCACGAAACUGCCAUCUCGGACCAUGCCCGCAGCGAGAAGAUACUCAAGCAGGAGCAUGCCGCUACGACCACAACCCUUGAGAAGCUGCGAAGCGAGUUCGAUGGCAGCAAGACAGAAAGGUCGAAAUUGGAGAAGGAGCUCGAGACAACAAAGGCUCUGCAAAAAGACCUUCAACAAGUCAAUACAAAGGCUAUGGCACGUGUCAAGACCCUCGAGGAAGAAGCUAAAUCCCGGGAAAGCAAGAUCCAGAUGUUCAACGAAGAGCUGUCUUCAACACGGUCAGAGCUUGAGAGCAAGCAACAGAAGAUCACAGAUCUAGAACAAGAAGUUUCGGGCUUGAAGUUGGAACUCGAGGGUGAACGAAAGGGCUACAAUGAACUCGAAACUGAAUUCAACGAGCUCAAGACUAUGUACAGCAAACUUGAGACCUCGAGUAAAGAUCUCGACGACCGACUAUCUGAGCUCAAGUCUAAGCCUGCAGUCCCCGACAACUCUGACAAGAUCAAGUCACUGGAAAAGGAGCUGGCAGAGACCAAGAAGAAGCUCAAUGCCACCUCCAACGACAAGGGCAAGAAGGCCGACACUGAUAAGAACGUCAAGCUGGAAAAGGAGCUCGCCGCCAAGACUAAAGAGGUUGAGAUGGAGAAGGAGGAGGCUAUUAGAGCAAAGACAGAGCUGGAGGACAUGUUGAUGGUACUUGCAGACCUGGAAGACAAAGCUAAGGGAUACAGAGAAAAGUUGAGGAAGCAUGGAGAGGAGGUCAGUGACGAUGAGGAUGAUGAUGACGACGACGAUGAAGAUGAAGACGAUGAGGAAGACGAAUAG